CUAUAAACCUCAAUAUUCCAUUGUGCCUUAGUUUGAGUUUUUUUCCAAAGCACAAAAGUACUGUUUUUUUUUUAUUUUUUAUUUUUUAAUUCGUUUUUUGGUUCACCUGAUGGUAUCUGAAACCAAAGCUGCAAAUGCCAUGGGAGGCAAGACGGCGAGAGCCUGCGAUAGCUGUUUGCGGAAACGCGCACGGUGGUUUUGCGCCGCCGAUGAUGCUUUUCUUUGUCAAAGUUGCGAUGCAUCUGUUCACUCUGCUAACCAAUUGGCCAGCAGACAUGAAAGGGUCCGUCUCCAGACUUCUUCUUUCAAGCUCGGCGACUCCACGGUAAUCUCCGACGAUUCCCCGCCGGCGUGGCAUCGAGGUUUCACGAGAAAAGCAAGAACUCCCCGCCAUAACAAGUCCAUAUCAGCAGCAGCCAAAGAAGAUGAGAAAAUCUUGAUCAACAAUAACCCUCUUCCUUUUGUUCCGGAGUUGAGCAACGAAGAGACUUCGACACCAUAUUAUGAUAGUGAAGAACAGCUUCUUUAUCGUGUUCCGAUCUUCGAUCCUUUUGCGGCUGAGCUCUGCAACGAAGUCGGGAAUUCGAGAACCGAGACUUCAACGGAGAGAAAUGAUAAUCAUCGUCACGAAGCGGAGAAUAUGAUGAGAGAUCAUGAUUAUGGAAACGAGUUGGAUCAUCUGCAUGGGUUUCUACCGUCGGAUAGAGAGCUUGCUGAGUUUGCAGCUGAUGUUGAGAGCCUGCUAUGUCGAGGAGUCGAUGAGGAUUCUUGUGAUAUCAAAGGGUUGGAAAUCUUGGAUUGCAAAGAAGAAGGUGAUUUGGAUGUUUUCAAUGUUAAUGGCGAUGGAGACCGAAGAGUGAAAGUCGAGGAAGAAUAUGAAGAAGAAGAAGAGAUGGAAGGGAUUCUUGCGUGUGAAGCAAAACCAUGUUUAGAUUGGAAUUUUGGUUACGAGUCAUCGCCGGAAGCCAUCGAGGACGACAAGGUUGUUUCGAUGGCGAUGGAGACGAAGAAAAUGAAUAAUGAGGAAGCAUUUAAGGAGCAGAUGAAGAAGGAGAUAUUUUUGAGGCUAAAUUAUGAGGCAGUGAUCACUGCCUGGGAUGGCCAAGUUUCUCCAUGGACAACCGGAAUUCGACCGGAGGUUAAUCCCAACAACGGCUGGCCGGACUUCAUGGGUUUUGGGCCAACAGAUCUUCAUCACCCACAUGGAGGACUAAGAGGAUAUGGAGGAGGAGGAGCAAGGAGUGAUGGUGGAAGAGAAGCAAGAGUUUCGAGGUACAGAGAGAAGCGAAGAACGCGGCUGUUUUCGAAGAAGAUAAGGUACGAAGUUAGGAAACUGAAUGCAGAGAAGAGGCCUAGAAUGAAAGGAAGGUUCGUAAAGAGGACAUCUUUUAUGGGGAUUAAUAAUGGUUUUCCGUAUAUACCUAAAGUAGUGAAUAAAUAAGGUUAACAGCCUCUUUCCAAUUUUGCUAUGUUCUUACCAAAAUUGGAAGGAAAAGUACUACUUGCUUUGCCUUCAAUAAAUGGAAGUUGGUACUAUCGAUCUUUAGUAGCUUUACCUUGACGAUAUUCUAGUUAGUUCUCUUUCUCUCUUCAAAUUAACAAUAGUACUAAUGUCUUUUCAUGAAUCCUCAAAAGUUUGAAGAGGGUUUUGUUAUAAUCAGAAUAUUGGAGCUUCGUUUGGUCAUAUAUUUGUAAAUGGUGACUAGCUCUUUUCAAUUUUCA